UGAAAGUAUAAAAAACGCAACGUGAAAUAAGAAUUUGAUAAGCAAGACGGCGAAAAAUGCUUGCAUUACUUCAAAUUUCAGUGGUUCUUCUAGCACUUUCUGCAACAUCCGGCGGUGCAGCUGACGCUAAAUCGAACCGCCAUCAUGUAGCUGAGGCCUGCUCGCCCUUCAUCUGUGACGCAAAGGGCGUCAAACCGGGAGUGCAGUAUUGUGCGCCGGGAGGUUCCCGGUACGCGGACGUUUCGUGCAGUUGCAAAAAGAAGGGCACCGCUUGUGCGUCUUGUUUCGUCAAGCAGACGCAUGCCUGUGCAAAGGGCCACGUGUUUAACUUUGGAACCGGAACUUGUGCCCCGGACAGUGCGGCCAGCAGGAAACCCUGCGAGGACUACUGGCGGACGGUUCCACCGAGGGGUCGGGGGUGAUUUGUAAUGUUCUGUCCCACUUAUCGUUAUAUUUUCGAACUGAACGACUUUAUAGUUUUAAGGCGUACGAAUUCAUCAUUGCCAUGCUUAUGAAUAAUAUCGAGUAAUUUAUUCCGUUGGAACUGCAUCAACAAAAUGAGGUACAGAUUUUAUAUUCGGAAAGAUCAUAUUUCGCAUCGAUUUAUUCUUU